AUGUCAAUUAAACCUAUUGAUUCAUAUAUUUCAAAUAGUGUUAAGCUAUUUGAAGUUAACCCAUCACAAACUGUAUUCUCAUUAACUUAUAAAUUCCCAAAAAAUUCAAACAACUGUACAGUUAAGUUUAAUACCCACAAUUCUCAUCUAUCUUCAAAUUAUAACUUUAAAACUUGUAAAAGUAAAGAUGUUUCAAGAUUAUUAAGUGCAAUUGGUCCAAGAGGUGUUACUGUAUCAAUGAACAAAGUUAACAAGAAAGUGAAAAACUCAUCAAACUUGAAACAAUAUAAAGUUGAAAAAAUUGGGAAAACUAAAAAUUUUACUAAAAUAAAGGAUAUAGUAGGCAUAAGUACUCUAUUGACAAAUACUGAUGUCAAAGAAUAUGUUCCACAAUCUAUAAAAAAUCAAUCCACGAAUUCAAAUGAGCAAUCAUCAAAAUCAAAUAAGAAGAAUAAGAAUAAAAAUAAAAAUAAAAGUAAGAAAAAACGUUAG